AGUGGUUAGACGUAACAAAAGAGUUAAACAAAUCAGAAAAUAUAAUAUACAUAUGGAUUUCUAAAGUAAGGAACACAUUCAAAUAAAUGGAUCUGCCUAAAGUUCAAGUGGACUACGCUACCAGGGAGGGGGACUGGCAAUUUAAUCCUAAUCCAGAACUAUAUGCAGAAGUGGCAACCCAGUUUCAGCGAAGAAAUGCCAAUACACUACUCAAAGAAUUGUGUUGGAGUUAUCUGGAUGACAUUAUACUCGAUAUUGGUUGUAACAAUGGUGAUGUUACAAAGAUGUUGCUUUCUAAAAGUGAUCAAAUACACCACAUCAUGGCAUGUGACAUCCUAGCUCCUUGUAUUGAGUAUGCCAAGCAGAAGAAUGCUGAUGCCAAUAUAACAUACAUAGAGAUGGAUGUGUGUAAAGAGUGGCCAACAAGCUGGGAAAACAGAUUUGACAAGGUUUUCUCCAAUGAAUGUUUGAACAUGAUAGUUGACAACCAGGAGAAUGUAUUAAAGAAGGUUUUCAACAGUCUUAAGCCAGGGGGUGAACUUGGUGCAUCAUACUUUCUACGCAUUGAUGGUAUACAAGCUGCAACUCUAACAUUGAUGGAAUCAGAAAAAUGGAAAAAAUACUUUACAGAAAACAAAUUGUCAAAAACACUUGCAAUUACCCAGAAAAAUAUUGAAAAAAUGGUCUGGUGUGAUGAACAGGUAUUUCCAAAAAUGCUAGAAAAAAUAGGAUUUCAAGUAAAAUUAUGUAAAUCUGUACAAUCUUGGAGUUUUCUGAAAAUUGAUUGCACAUUCAUAAAAGGAACUUUUGACCUAUUUUUCAAGUUUUAUCAUCAGAUUCCAACUGCUCUACAAGGUGACUACUUAACUGAUAUGGUUUCUAUCAUCAAGGAAAUUGAAAUGAUGAAAUUUCAGUUCCUCUCUGAUAAAGGCAAUGAAUGGGCACAUCUUAUGCAAGAUGAAUCAAAUGAUAAACACCCUCUUUGUCAGGAAUUAAUCAUAAUACACUGUGUAAAACCAAAUGUAUCAUAGGAAGUCUGUAUAUUUUGAAUUCAAGUCUUAUAUUUUGCAUACACAGGUACAUUAGGUAACACAGUGGUGAAGCUCACAAAAAAAUGAUUCUUAAAACUGAAAAUCACAGAAGCGAAAAAUAAAAUGCAUUUUACAACUAUUUUGUAUUUUUGUAAUCAAGAAUUAGUUUAGUCUAGUCUUAGUUCAAUCUUGUAUAUUGUAGUUGGUAGUCAAUGUC